AUGACAACACAGCUGUUCGAUCUUCGGAAAACAUCGGGAAACAAAAACAUCGCAUCGGCGGUAUAUCGCGAUUUCCGGCAAGGUGCUGUCAUUGGCGCACUUGUCAUCUGUCAGCUUUCUUUCCGGUCCAAAAUGCCGUUCACCAGGUUUGUGGAGACUGGUCGCGUCGCCAAGUGCGCUGUCGGAAAAUACAAGGGACGCCUUGUAUGCAUUGUCAAUGUAAUUGACCAGAAUCGGGUACUGAUCGAUGGCCCUACCAGCGGUGUUCCCCGGCAACAGUAUGCCGUCAAUCAUCUGCAUCUGACGAAGUUCCGUGUUCGCUUCCCGCAUACUGCUCGCACCCGUAUCGUGCGUGAUGCUCUCGAGAAGUUCGACCUCAAGAAGAAGUUCGAGGAGACCAGAUGGAACGAACGUUCCGUUGCCAAGGGCAGGCGCUUCAACAUGACCGAUUUCGAUCGCUUCAAGCUGCGUCUGGCUCGCCGCGAACGUAACCGCAUUGUGAGUGCGCAGUACAAGAAGAUGAAGAAGCAGGUCGUCAGCAACGGUAUGCUGUUCGGUAAGCCCCGAAAGGGUACGAAACCGCUGCCCUCGAAGCGCGUUAAGUCGCCUGAGGAUGCCAAGAAAAAGAAGAAGAAGAAGAAGGCGCUUCCGGGCAAGAAGGCUGCGGCUCCGGCCAAGAAGAAGUGA